UAGCGAGCACUAGCACACACGACCGCUGAACAAUGUCUUGUUUCGUCAACUGUCUUUCUGAAGAAGACCAGGAGUUCUCCGACAUCAAAAACGCAGCUGCUGAGUUUUAUCGGGCAAACAGAGUACCCGAGGAGCUCGAGAGAGCUCUGGGGGAGCUUUUCUUCCAGAACCCCGAGGAUGUCCACGGUUACUUGGCAAACUAUUUCACCAACCUCUCAUCACAACCCCUAAUCAGCAGACUCAAUGGAAAGGAGCGGUAUGAUUCAAGAGGGCAACUAUGUGCUGAGGCUGAAGUCUUUUGCAUGAUCUGUAAUAAGGAAAAGAGAAUCUCCUCGGCUGCCAUUUCCAGUCACCUUGGGCAAAAAGAUCCUUUUCUGGACUGGCAGGCAAAGAGCGAGGAGAGAGUGCACCAUGUCAAGACUGCGGUACAUUGGAUUGUUGAACCUCUGAACAAAAUGCUGAAGGAGCAGAACCCUUGUGAUCAGUCAGAAGUUGACCAGAAACUAAGCAACUUCUUCAUGGCCCGCCAUCGGGAGGAGAAGGAAAUGAAGGAAAAGGAAGAGAUUCUUUCUACUAGCGAACAGGAAGUGGAAGUUCCAUGUUCGCCUCCUGAAAAGAAGAAAGAAAAGAAGACUGAUAAAAAAAAAAAGGGCGGUUCAGAAAAGCCUUUUUGUCCAGCUGAGCCACCUGAACCAGUGCUGCCUGGAUGCUUGGCCAUUGGCUCAGUGUCUCUGGCUGUGGCAAAGAGUGGAGCCCAGAUAAAAGGCAUGCCACUCUAUAAGUACAUCCGUGUCCUAAAGAAUCCAGAGGACCAAGGCAGAUUUCACAUUCCUGUAACCUUGGUAACGAUACUGAGCUGUGGGAAGACUUCUCCUGGAAAACUCAAAUUGCUGGAAGAGGUCAUACUGAUCCCCAACGCAGGGCAACAAGUGAAACAAAUCAUCACAAUGACAACACAGUUACAAAAGGAAAUGAUGAGAAUAAUGAGCACUUCAUCAAAAGCUGGGGUCACUCAGGCGAUUCUGAGUGACAGUGGUGUGCUGCCUCUGAGCCUUGAUCGUCCUGAACAAGCUCUGGAUCUGAUCACUGAAGCCUGUAAUAACCUUGCAUUAGAACUGGGAACGUCAUUCAAUCUGGCAAUGAACUGUGCGGGCCCUGACCUCAUGGACUAUACCAAAGAAAAGUACGAGAUUGCAACAGGUGUUUAUAAGUCUCCAGACGAGCUAGUGGCGAUGUAUCAAACCCUUAUCAGCAAAUAUACUGCAGUUGUGGCUUUAAUUGACCCUCUCAGGAGGGAGGACAGAGAACAGUGGGAGAAGCUCAGCAACGUGAUUGGACAGUCGUGCGUACUGCUCUCUGACCAAACCAACAAGCCACAGGCUCCACCACUUCCUGGAGUCACAGGGGUCAUCGUAAAACACGUGAACGAGAUAACUGUCAGUGACUUGAUCACCAUCACAUCCGAGCAACAAGGUUCACUUUUACUGGGGACAACGAGCAAUGAGUCCUGUGAUGACGAUUCUCUUUCAGACAUAGCUGUGGGCCUGGGCCUGGACUAUGUCAAACUGGGAGGUCUGACCAGUGCUGAGAGGAUGACUAAAUAUAACAGGCUGGUUUCUAUAGAGGAAGAGCUGGCCCAACGGGGGAUCUUGGUGUCCAAGCAGUAUCACUCUCCACCACUUUUUACUGAAACAGAAGAGGAGGUCAUUUGAAAGGCACCAUCUACUGUGUGUUGGCCACUACAUCACACAUUUACUUUAUCCUUAUUCAUUCUCUACUGCUCUAAAGAGCAACAGCUCAGCUGAUAAAAGUCCUCCGUGUUUAGAAGCAACAUAUUUUGAUUUCUCUAAUUUCUCGAAAUAAUGUGCACAUUUUUCCAAGAAUAUUUUCAUAAAGUUAAUAGAGCAUAUUAUAUUUAGGUAUGGAUGAAAAAUAAAAAAUACAAUCACAAUCUAUGUUUAACUAUACCAUAAAAUGCAUAUCUUGUUUAAUAUUUUUACCCCAAAAUAUAUGUUUUUAUGGAUUAAAGCCUGUGAAUUUUAACCUAAUUUUCCGUACCUGAAAAACGCAUCCUUUCCUGACAUCACAGGUCGGAGACCUGCUGUUGUGGGACUAGCUUAUAGUGGUAGCACUGCCUGUUGACGCCAAAGAAAAACCCAUUUGUCUCGAAAAGUGAUUGUAAGCUAAAAACCAAUCCGUAAAAAUUGUGAAGAUGUGUGAGACUCAGUUUUGUAGUAAUUCGAAUUAUUCUGGUCACAGUUUAUAAGAUCCAAGCCAAGAAGACAGUGGGUCAGGUUUGUGUAAACGAAGAGAACUACGGUAAUUUCUUGAAAAUAAUGUGCAAUUUUUUACAAAAAUAUUUUCAUAAAAUUAAUAGAGCACAUUAUAUUUAGGUAUGGAUGAAAAAUAAAAUACAAUCACUUUAUAUAGUCGUAUACAGGUACAGUGAAGAAAAUAAGUAUUUGA